GCCACGUUCUCUUCAUGCACGGUUUCUUGGCUCUUUUAAAAAACUCCUCUUCCUUUACCCACCCACGACUCAUCCAUCGAAGUGAAGUCUUUGUUUGUCGUGAAAAAUGCCUGGCCUUGCCAUCGGAGAUACUCUUCCUGAUCUUGAAGCCGAUAGCACCCAUGGAAGGAUUAAGCUUUACGACUACAUCGGUGAUAGCUGGGCCAUCAUCUUCUCCCACCCUGGGGAUUUCACCCCAGUUUGCACGACCGAGCUCGGUGCAAUGGCUUCAUAUGCACAGGAGUUUGCUCGCAGAGGAGUGAAGCUUGUAGGUUUGUCAUGUGAUGAUGUGCAGUCACAUAAGGAGUGGAUUGCCGACAUUGAAGCCUACUGUCAAGGUUGCAAGGUGAAUUAUCCUAUCCUGGCAGAUCCCAAUAGAGAGAUCAUCAAGCAACUCAACAUGGUUGAUCCAGACGAGAAAGACUCGGCAGGAAAGCCACUCCCAUCUCGUGCUCUUCAUAUCGUCGGCCCUGAUAAGAAGAUUAAACUGAGCUUUCUGUACCCUGCAAGCACUGGGCGUAACAUGGAUGAGGUAGUGAGGGUACUGGAGUCACUGCAGACGGCGUCAAAGCACAAGGUUGCCACUCCAGUUAACUGGAAACCGGGUGAUCCCGUUGUGAUAUCUCCAAGCGUAUCCAACGAGGAGGCCAAGAAGAUAUUCCCUCAAGGCUUUGAGACUAAGGAUCUUCCAUCCAAGAAGGAUUACCUUCGCUUCACUCGUGUUUGAUCCAUGUCUCUCUCUCUAUAUAUAUAUAGAUGGAACAUGGAAGAAGAACAACAUCCUCCGACUGUUUGAAGAAAUGAAGCAGUCUACUUUUGUAGCUAGAAGAACGGAACCUUUUGAUAUAUAUAUAUAUA